UAUAUAAAGUUUAAAUAGAAAAUCAAAGAAAUUCACUCUCAUUUUCUUCUCAUCCCUCUCUCUCUUGCCUCUCUUGGAUCGAGAUAUAAGCUAUCGGAAACCCUAAAAUUUCUAGGGUUUGGUUUUUAUUUUGUCCUAAAAUUAUCUUCUUUCUAUAACACAGCUCCUCAAGAAAAUAGUCUGCGUCAAAAUUGUUCAUAGAUCUCCGCGGUUUUGAGAAUUUGGGAGCUGUUGGAAUAGAAAAAAGAGAAGAUCAUCUCAUAUUUUUCAUCUCAAAUUUCAGUCUUCAACAACCACCACAACAAAAACAGUACUGUUCUAAUCAGGUGCACAAAGAGGCACUCGAUGUAGGUAUACACCGCCUCCUCUGGGAUUUCAAAUCUUUUUGCUGCCUUUAUAAGAUCGAGGAGAGGAAUAUUAUGAGAAAGGUUGUGUGAGGAGGGAUUCGCCUUUUUGUCCAAAUCUAGCAUUAUUUUUUGCCCUAGUUGAGGAUCUAUGGCGCCGAAUGUCAACAUUGAGAAGAACGGAGGAUGUGGGCACUUCUCUAUGCGUGGGUAUUGUCUUGAGCGACGCAAGAAAGAUUUGAAUGCUUGCUUGCCAUUUUCUCGAAUGCUACUUCCUCCUAUGCGAGCUCCUAAUUUCAAAUAUUGGCGCUGCCAAAAUUGUACUAGUAUAGAAGUUGGUAAGGUUCCUGAUUCUCAUGUUGAUGCCAUCUUCCCGAGCAGUGCUGAGGUAGCUAAGUUAUCUUCUGGUUUGCGAAGCGUACCCAAAGGCAGCAAUUUUGGAGGAAGAAAGGAGAAUAAUGGUCACACUCCUUUAGAUUUGAAUGUUGACCCAUCGUUAUCUAGUUGUAGGAAAGAAACGGAGGCCGUAGCAGUUAACCCUGUUGGAGAUGAUAGCCGGGCAUGUAAUCAUUGUGGUGUUAAUGCAGGAGACAAUGUGAACCAGUUGACUGAGUUUUCCCAGGUUGUGCCAGACGUUAACGUUAGUCUGACAGUAGACAUAAGUGGAAGUGAACCUGUUUCGCUAGAAAAGCAUGGAGUUCAUUCAACUGUUUAUGGAGCUGCCAUCGGCUUCCCAUUUGCAAAUCCUGACAUUGAUGGUUCAAAAGAAAUUUCUGAUGUUGGUCUUGAUGGUCGAUCCUCAAAACCAGAUGGAAAACAAAACUCUGAAAUCUGCAGCAGUAAUCCUUGUACUAAGUCUGACAAACUACUUGGAAAGGUAGUGACAGAUUCGGAAAUGAUUGGGGUUUCUGAGUUGAGUGGCCAUAAGAAUGAGGCUCUCAAUCCAAUCGAAGAUCAAACUGCUGGACCUUAUCCAAAGGAAAUAGACGAGGGUGAGUCUGACCUCUUUGGAGAAAAUGAUGUGAACAUAAUCAGAAACGCUCCUUGUGCCAAAGAUCUUCCCAGUAAUAAUAUUGAAGUUUCAGGUGGAACUUGUCAGAAAAAGAAAGCACAAAAAGUGCGUUUAAUGAGUGACAUUCUUAGCAGUGGAGAUGCUGUCACAUCCUGCAAAGAUGGUGAUUCUGUCAGAGAAACCAUCCCUGAUAACAUAGUCACGGAAGCUUCUCAUGCUGAAGGAAUAGAUUUAAAUCUGGAUCUGAAUAAUCAGGGGUGUGUCGAAGGAAAUGACAAAUCAGUUGUUCCAAGCAAUAAAAGGAAAAGGACUAAGUUUUCUCAAGAAGAGGACCAGCUGCCUGCUAUGAUGAAUUUUGCUGAACAUGCACGUGAAGCUGAUAAAAAUGCUGACGCUGUAGAUGUAAAUUCCAGAAGUCGGCUGACGAAACACAUAAAUGAUGGAAAGCUUACUUUGUGUCAGAAGAAACAGAAGAGGUCCAGGAUUGAAAUUGGCCAAUCUUCUUCAGUGAGGCAAGAGGAGACGCAUGUUGAAGCUGGAGCUGAAACUGCCCCUUCAAAGCCAAAAAGAAAUGCACUCUCUAGAACAGGACUAGAUAUUGAUAUGAACAAGGAUUUCUCCCAGCUUCAAGAUGCCAACUCUUUCUUGAUGUAUGGCCCAGAAGGCAUCUCAGGGAGAGACCAGCUUUUAGGGAGAGAUACAGAGAAUUGCCGUAGCCCUCCUGCAAAGUCUGCUUAUCCAGGCUUCACUGCAGGAUUCAUACAACAACGUCUAGAUCACAAUUUGGCUACUAAUAAGAAAUCUAUCUCAAGUAAGAAACAGAAUGGUUUGCCCCAGGCUAAAGGUGGAGGCGAAAUGCGUGAAGCUAAAAACUUUGCUGUUUCUUUAAAAUUACAACCCAGGGCACCAUCUGGUAUGUCCAGCAGUACCGUUUGUCAUGGACCACAGAACAUCUCCGUGACACAGAAUGAUGACAGUAUCCACAAUGCAUCCCAACAAGCAGCUUUUGAUGAUAUCCCUAUGGAUAUCGUCGAACUAAUGGCUAGGAAUCAGCAUGAAAGGCGUCUUAGUGGUGAAGGGAGUACUCACAACAUCACGUACUCGUCAAGAACAGAAAACAGAAAAGAUUCUAGUGCUAACAGGACGGAUAUUACAGAUAUUCUUGGCAGUGAAAUGUCAAGAGUGAUGCGUGAGAAGAACUCUGGAUUAAAGAAGAAUAGUUCGAGCAAUGAAGGGAAUAACAUAUCUUCAAAAGGUAGAGCUGCGACACCAAACAAGAAAAAAUCCGAUGGUUUCCUAUUUCCUGCAGUCAGCAAGAACAGAAACAUUAAUUUCAGUGUGAGCCAACCAACACAGUGCGCUCAUGGGUCAUUAGGAUUUCCACCAUUUUCACAGAAUCAUGAUCAACCACCAAGAGGUUUUCCGUUUCCUGCUAGAGGUUCUUCCAACAUAAACUAUGAUCAAAAUCUCAGCUGGAAGGAAGACAUGCUACCCAAUAAUAGAUUCUCUGUCCCUUUACGCCCAUCCUUGGAGGCACAUCAGAUGCCUGAGAAAGUUUCAGGCAACAGUUCGAGUAGAAAAGACCGUCAUCCUUGGUCUCCAACGGUUCCAAACAGUGCCCCUUUUAGAGUCAAUGGCCCCGAGAUGUUUGUUGCUGAACCUAGCAAGUCGAAAAGGCCUUCUCAAUGCUCUGAACCAUCACACAGAGGAAUCUUCUAUAGGGAUCAUGACUUGCCAUUUGUUGAUCCAAGUAAUAUCCACCUUCAGAAGCAGGAAAAGAAUUAUAGUAACAAGAGCAAGGGAACAAAUUGUGAUCUUCAGUUUUUGGGUGCAGGAAGGGGUGACGGAAGUCAUUUAAAGAAAAUGGGGCCGCUGGAUAUGUAUAGCAGUGAUCAGACUAUCCCAGCGAUGCACUUGCUCAAACUCAUGGAUGCAGGUCAGAAUUUGAAUAAACAGUCACCCUAUCCCACCGGUGUUCAUCAAAAAGAUUUGUCUAGUUUUGAGAAAGAACGAUCCAAGACUUUGAUGCCCCCACCCUCUUCUAGACUGUUAAAUUCUGUUGAACAAUUCCCCCCAGUUAUGAAUUUCGGUGCAGUUGCUUCAUCACAGAAGAAUGCAGACUCUAGGAUGAUCACAGGGUCUAAGGAAAAUAAUUAUUGGGAAACAGUGUUGUCUUCUUCAUCCCUCGGAGCUCAUGAAGACGAACUAGCAAAAAGAAAGAAUUCACCUACACAGCCUACAGGUUCGAAAUAUAAGAGUCCAGUUUCUCUGCAAAACGCAGGGAAAGAUCUCUCAUUGGCUUCCGGUUCUGUGCCAUUCAUGGGACAGGCUAAAGGAUCAAGCAGUUCAGGUAAACACCAUACAUAUGUUACUCCUACCUUCUAUUUCGUGAAAAAACCCGCAUCUGUUUCCAAUUCUAUGCCGUUCAAGGGACAGCCUCAAGAAAUAGUAAAUCCUGUGGUCAAUGUCGGAUCAAGCACAAGAGAGAGAAAUUUUCCUGUAACUGGCAAUCCUGGCCAGAGUUCGAUCAACAGAAGCGAGAGAAACUUGCCUGUAAAGGAGAAGCUUGUCGAUUGCUCUACCAACAUAAAUCCUGGCCCGAGUUCGAUCAACAAAAGCGGGAGAAACUUGCCUGUAAAGGAGAAGCUUGGCGAUUGCUCAACCAACAGAAAUCCGGCUGAUUUUUUUGCUCCAGGACCAGAAAACAUGUACAUGUUAUCAGGCGAAGACUUUAGACGUAGAAGCCCUUCAUCGGAACCUAGAAGCCGUCCAUCCUCCAAGCCAGAAACAAGUAGUAGCCAAAGUCCUAUCAAGCGACAGAAGACGAUUCAUCCAGGAUAUCCGAAUCCUUGAAUUCCAAGGAAGUGUUUCGGAGCAUUCCAAAACUUUACUGGAGUGCCUAGUACAUGGACAUUGUCGAAACUGCUUGAUUUAGACAAAGGAAUGGUGGGUUGUCACCCACAAUAAUCGGUGUUCGCUACUUGAAGACAAAGCCACCAUACUGAAAUGCAAUAGUUGAUGCUCGCAUUUUGAGAAGUAUAUUCUGUAGAGGUAUUUACCCUAUGAACAUUUACAUAUCUCAACUUUGUAGAUAAGAAUACCCUAUAUUUUUGCUCGUGAAAAGUGUGAAAAAUAAGACUUGAGAUUUGUCGUCUCGGGUUUCUUUUUCUAUUAAUAAGCAUUAAAACAGAAAUGUAAACUGGAAACGGUUUAUCAGGUUAUACUAGUUGGUUAUACUUGAUAUUUUGCA